UUCGGCUCUCUGUGUGACAGCCACAAUGGCCUCUUACACCGCCUACAGUGGCUACAACAAGCCCCCUCAAUCUUACGCGGGCUCUUACUACAGCGAGAAGCAGCCCAAGACGUAUGCAGAGUAUGAGGACUCGGUAUAUGAGGAAAAAAAGAGAAUUGAGAAGAAGGACCGCCAAGACGCCAUCUGCUGUGAGUUAGUGGCCCUCAUCAUUGGUUUCAUCGGACUAAUCGGAGUGGCAGCCGUGACAGGCUUGCCGAUGUGGAAGGUAACGGCCUUCAUUGAGGAGAACAUCAUUGUCAUGGAGACCCGCUGGGAGGGUUUGUGGAUGAACUGCUACAGACAAGCCAACAUCAGGAUGCAGUGCAAGGUGUAUGAUUCCCUGCUGUUUCUGCCACCAGACCUCCAGGCUGCCAGGGGUCUGAUGUGCAGCUCUGUGGCCCUGAGCGUCUUCGCCCUCGUCGUUUCAGCAGUGGGGAUGAAGUGUACCAGAGUGGUGGACCAGCGGCCUCGCACCAAGCAUGUUGUUCUUGUCGCUGGAGGCUGUCUGUUCCUUUUAGCCUGUCUCGCUAUCAUAAUCCCUGUGUCCUGGACCGGCCAUGUCAUCAUCAGGGACUUCUACAACCCUCUGCUUCUUGAUGCCCAGCGCAGGGAGCUCGGGGAGGCUCUUUACAUCGGCUGGACGACCUCAGCUUUGCUUUUCGCUGCCGGAGUGAUCCUGCUGUGCCGUCAUGCUCCCCGCACCCAGGAUUCAGAGGAAAGGAUUGUGUACAACAACAACAUGAAUCUGUACCAACCUGCAAACACAUACCAGCCGAACAUGUACCAGCCAUCGUACCAGCCAUCGUACCAGCCAUCCUACACCUACCAGCCUACCUACUCAGCACCCCCACCUGGAUCUGUAGUGUACGCACCAAGUCAGUACUAGCGAGGCAAAUCGAAUGCAGAGACAAUUUUGGACCCCCUUUUUUGUUUACUUGCCAAGAUUUUGCACAUUUGGAUGGACUAACAUGCCCAAAGGCUGUCACAGGAAACAAAACAGUCUUACUUUCUCAAAGAGGGCCAAGUGUAUUGCAGAUUGAAAUUUAAUAUGGAACUGAUAAUGUUUGAUCGUGAUAAACUAUACUGAAUAAUGCUGUUUGUUUCCAUAUGCUUAAUUGACACUAAAUGAUAUGAAUUAUUCAGAAGUAUUUUAAUCUGUAAUAAUAGUUGUUGAUAACACUGCUGACAUGCUUUUUGAUACAAAUUAUGCACUCAGCCCUUUUCAUAUAACAUACCUCCGGAUGACGUGUGUUUAUUCUUGAGUGUUUGUUGUAAAUGUACAUACUCCUUUUUAAAUGUUGGCCUACAUAUCAGGUCAAUUGUGGUUUCUAAUAAAUCGGCAAUGUUGACAAAAAAAUUA